GGCUAGCCAGCGGCGACUGGGAAGGAAGCCGGGAAGGACAGAAGGAGGCGGCCGCGGCAGAGGCAAUUGGAGCCAACGGCCCCUCCUCCUUCUUCUCCUCCGCCUCCGCCCCCUCCCCUGAGGGACUCGGGCCGCGCUCUCUCCGCUCCCCGCAUCGGGAACGAGCCGAGCCCAAGCCACGGCCCGGUGCUGCCGCCCCGACUCUGCCCCGUUGCCGGUGCCGCCGCGCCCCCGCCGCGUCCGACAUGAGCUUCUUGUUUGGUAGUCGCUCCUCCAAAACUUUUAAGCCAAAGAAGAACAUUCCAGAAGGUUCUCACCAGUAUGAGCUCUUGAAACAUGCAGAAGCCACCCUUGGUGGCAACCUGCGGACAGCUGUCAUGCUUCCUGAGGGGGAAGAUUUAAAUGAGUGGGUUGCAGUGAACACUGUGGAUUUCUUCAACCAGAUCAAUAUGCUUUAUGGGACCAUCACAGACUUUUGUACGGAAGAGAGCUGCCCAGUGAUGUCAGCUGGCCCAAAAUAUGAAUAUCAUUGGGCAGAUGGAACUAACAUAAAGAAGCCUAUUAAGUGCUCUGCACCAAAGUAUAUUGAUUACCUGAUGACUUGGGUACAGGACCAGUUGGACGAUGAGACAUUGUUUCCAUCCAAAAUAGGUGUCCCCUUCCCAAAGAACUUCAUGUCAGUGGCAAAAACUAUCCUGAAGCGUUUGUUUAGGGUGUAUGCACAUAUUUACCACCAGCACUUUGACCCAGUGAUCCAACUACAGGAAGAAGCCCAUCUUAAUACAUCCUUCAAGCACUUCAUUUUUUUUGUGCAGGAAUUCAACUUAAUUGACAGAAGAGAACUUGCCCCACUCCAAGAACUGAUCGAAAAACUGACCUCAAAGGACAGAUGAGGGAUGGAGGGCUAUUUCAAUCAUAUUUUGCUUAAAUCAGGCUCUUAGGAAUAUAUAUUUGGGGUUGUUAUUUGGUUGGGUGGUUUGGGGUUUUAUUUUCCUUUAUUUUUCGUUAUUUUUUUUCCUCCUAAAUAAAUGAAAACCUUUUCUGUUACUUUAGAGGCACCCAAAAUCCAUUCUGUAUGCUUUUGGUGGAGCACAAUCUUUUUUCUUAGUGACAUACAGUGGUGUGGACGUUUUUCUUUUUGUUUGGAAUUUGGGAAAGAGACAGAGAUAGGGUUUGCCUCCUUGUAGGUUUUUAGCUGAUGUUGUCUGUGUGCUUGACCCUACUGGUGGAUGGGUUCUACAUGGUGUAAAUUGUGACCCAUUCAUAACAUAAAAGACUAACCUUCUUAAGUGCCUUGGCAGAAGGCUCACUUCUGAGGUGCAAAAUGCAAAUGUAGUAGACUGAGCAUUGCUGAACACAAUGGACUGCUCACUUACCUACAAUGCUUGGUGAUGACAUUUCUGUUAGAUUAUCUAAUUUUUAAAAAGCCAUAGUUUGCCUAAAUUGGUGAUCUCCAGCUUUUAAUACAUGAAGAAACAAUUCUUGAAGAUGUGAAUGUAGAUCUUUAAAAGAAAAAAAACAACCAGAAAUAACAUUUUCAGUUAUUUAUGUUAGUGAUGGUGGUGUUGAUGUAUGUUACUCUGUUCACCAAAUGUUGAAAGUUCUAUUAUGAGCAGGUCUUUCUACCCCGGUAAUGUCUGUGAUAUUGAAACUGAAGGGAGCUAGAAUGUGUUAUCAUUCCAGCAUGGCUCUUCCAUACGACAAAUGCCUCUACUAUAGAUCAUAAAGUAUUUAUUGCCACAUUCUGAGAUGAUGUAGCCAGCCCCAUCUGGGAGGUUUCUUACCAGUUGCCAAAUGAGCCAUAAAUCUCCUUCCAUUGUGAAGAGAAUCAAAAAUAUUUCCACUGAAAUAAUAUUUAAAACCCAUGAAACCAGUACCAAGGAUAAAUUUUCUUGUAAACCCAGUCUCUGAGAAAUCCUUCUCUUGUACUUUGGAGCCAACUCCCAUUAGUAGAGAAUUAAAUACAUCUUUAUUCUCAUCAUAGAUAUUAAGGAUGAAAUUGAAGGAGAGUUAUUAGAAGUACUUGUUACUUUUCAACACUUCCAUUUAUUGGAUGGAGCUGUUGUGUUUGUCACGAAAGAAUGAUGACCACAUUUAAUGACAUUCUUUUAGCUGCUUUCUGCUGGCCCUUUUUGAAGGUUGGCUUUUUAUUUUUUUUUUUUAAACCAGCUAGUUUCUAAUGGCAAAAGAAUUCUACUAUGUAAUGUAAUUAGGUAUCCAAAAAAGUGACUAAUUUAAAACUAACAUCAGUUUUCAAUGGGUUCCAUCCUUUUGUAACAAUUUAGUAAAGUGAAUAUUUUGUACAUUGUGUUCUUAUGAAAACUCCCAGAUUUCAAUUCUGUCUUCUCUGAUACCACUGUCUGCCUCCUGGAACUGGAUAAGUUCAGUCCUCCCUGAUUUCUUCUUGCAAAAUAAUUCAAAUUAAUAGCACUUUGGGUUGUUUUCCUAAUAAACAGAGCACUGAUAUGAUAGAUGUCAUUAGCAUCAUUACUACCUAGAACUGCCUUUUUGCAAUGUUCAGCAAAAUUUGUCAAGUGUCAGCAAUAGACAGUAAUGUUUGGCAGAGAUGCAUCCAUCAGUUAUUGGUAAUACUUAUGUGGCACAGCAAUAAGAGACAGUUGGGAUACAUAUGUCUCCUUUAAAGAAAAAAAAAAGUUUCUUGUAAUUAUCCAGAUAGAUAUUAACUGAAACAUUUAAUUUAGAAACAACUGGGUGCCAAGUGGUUUAGGGAUCUGCAGAGGAUCCCAUCUGCACAGGGAAAUAAAGCACAAGGUCACCCAAGUGGUCUUCCAUAUCACAUUUCAACUCAUGUAAAUUCACUAACAGCAGGGUUGCAAUAGCCAAGUAGAAAGAGAAUGGGUGAGAAAAUUAUUCUUGUAUCUGAUAAACUUCAUGUAGCACUGUUACGUUGAAGUAUAAUAAUUCUCUUAGAUAAUUUUGUAAGUGUACAUUGAUUUCCCAGUAUUUAUGGAUAAGAUUUUGUUCUCAAUUGUGCCAGAACCUCAGGUACCUGCCUCUGGGUACUCCUUUCAUCAAAGACAUUGGGAUUUGGAGGAUGCUGCUACUGUUUCUAUGUGUUUUAAGUAGAGAGGCUAUCAUUAAGAAGGGAUCUGGCUUAUACUCCUUGGUUCUCUAUAUGUCUAGAAAGUAGAAAUUUCCUUUACACACAAAAUCAAUUAUUUUAAGAUAAAUUGUUUAAUGGUGAUUUCCCUCCUUCCCCCACUCCUCUCCCCCCCCCCCCCCCCACACACACACCAUAAGAAGAUAUAAAAUCCAUGUUAGUAGCAGAUUUUGCUUCAGAAGUUAAUCAGAGAUCUCUGUUUUUCAGGCCUUACUCAUCUCUUGACCUGAAUUCACAAAUAUUUUUACUGAAUUUACCUUUAAAUUCCAUUGGAAAGAUUAAAAGAAUACCACUAAUGAUAUUUCUUUAAAAACAAAAUAAAUUGAAAACCUAACCUAGAUACCCUUGGUUAAAUUUUAACAUGCUAGAAAAUUUUAAUGAUUGGAUAAGCUUUUAGUUAGUCAGACAUUAUGUUACUGACUCAAAUUUUUAAAGCUCUCUUUUUUCCUUUCAUUUUCAUAGAAGUCAUGUUGUUGAGUCAUAACAUAGAUAUGAAGCCUGAAAAGUAAAAACCACAGAUUAGAUAGUGAAUGUAUUUAGUUUACUACAUGAUAGGUAACCAAUUGCCUGGUUUACCCAGAGAAUCCAAGUGCUAUAGCACCAUAGUUAUUCUAAUUGGAAACAGAUGGUUUGGAUAUUUUGAAAUUCAUGAGAUUCCAUUUUAGUUAUUAGUUUUAAGCUUUUUUUAACCAAUUAUUUUAGGUUAGAGUUCAAGUAGUGUCACAAAAGUUCCUUUUUUCUAGAAAGAUAGGUAUUUAAUGGUUUUUCUGCUCACCAAUACUUAUUGAGGUGAGAAUUUAGGCAGAAUUUAAUAAUGUAUGGCUAUUUUUUUUUAAAAAACAUUUCAACUGUUAUAGACAGUAACUUUUAUUCAUCCAAAUGUUUCCUCAUUUGGGGAUGCUACUACCAUCAUUCAAAAUGUCUUUGGAAUUACUCUUUUGGAAUUUCCUUCAGAACCAAUUUACUAGCCAUGCAAGAAAGUCUGUAUCAUUACCUUACGUUAAUUACAUUACAACUAUAUCUUCAUUUGAACUAAAACUAGUAUAAUUCAGCUUAUUUAUUUAUUCAUUCUGCUUGCCUGUGGGUGAUUUUUGAUUACUUCCCCAAAAUGAUAUCCAUCCUUUAAUACAAAGAUUUGUGAACAUGAAUGAUUCUCAAAAGACUGUUAAGGGUUUUGAAGGCAACUUGAGCUCCCAAGAUGGUUUUAGCAAUUGUGUUAUUUGAAUCAUUGUAUGACCUCCCAGAUGGACUUACCUUCAUUUGGCAAUAGAAAUUCUGGUAAUUUUUAAGAAAUUAUUCUAUUAUCUUUUAAUCCUGCAUCACAAAAAUAAGUUCCCAAGUACAUUGACAUUCAAUGCUACAAAGAUCAUAGAUCCUAUUUGUCAAUAUGGGACAGUUUUGAUUAGGAAGAAGUGUAGACAGAUUCAAGUGAUUAAGGCAAAGGAAUUCAGGAGAAAUACACUGGACGAUCUUCAUCUGUCCUAUCCAUGUCCUUGUUCACACAAAAUGAUAAUAAAAGACUGGAGAUCACAGUAUAUGAGAAGCCUAUUGCAUAAACAUUGUACUUUUAGUUGAGUUUGAAGUUUAAAUCCAUGCAGCAUUCCUGUUUUUAUUAUACUUAUUGCUUUUAUUUUUGAAUAUCUUUUUUGAAAGACAUGGACCAUAUAUUAUAGUUAUUCUUUGAAAAUCUGGGCACAUAAAAAUAAAAUCCAGUUUGUUUUGAAACUAAACUGGAUCUGUGAACAAAAUGAUCCUUUGAAACAGUUUUCAAUUUCUGUAGAACAGGAUUCUCCGUGUUUUGUUUUGAACAUAAGUAUCAGAGUUUUGUGUGGUAUUUUUAAAAUGCAGGACAGAAAUUAUUGUCUUUUAGCUACUACCAAGUUUGUCCAUAAGUUUUGGAUGUCAACAUUUAGAGGUAAAGAUACCUCUAAAUUGAUUGAAGAGGAUUGAAGAGGAACCUUUACAUUGUAAUUGUAAAAAUGAAACAAAAUUCUGAACACAGAUUAUUUUAUAUUUUUGUUACUGGUAGCUGAAGUUAUGUUUAAAUGGCUUUGAAGGGAGAAAAAGAUAUUACAGGUUAGAGUUCCAGUAGUGUCACAAAAGUUCCUUUUUCUAUCUGACACAAAAGAGAACUUGGAAAGUUUCACUUCUUUAAAAAAAUUAGAAGCAUUGACUAAUCUUAAUGUAUUCUUACACUUUCUCUUUUCCUCCCCCCUCCUUUUUCAGGUAAAGUUGCCUAUGUGCUGCUAUUAAUAUCCUGUACCUUUCUUCCCCAACUUUCCUCCCAUUAGAUAUUUGGGUCAUGAUAGCCAACAUUCUUGGUGAUUUUGAACCAUUAUUGAUACAAAGGUUUGGGUUGUUGUGUUGGAAAAUUAACAUCCUUACAGAUGUUUAUAAAGAUGACUUAUUUGGGUUCUAUUAGGAGCUCUUUAAAGUCUGCAUCAUUGAAGUACCAAUUACUGAUGAUUAGAUUGCUAGUGAUGAAAUGGUAUUUUGUUUUGUUUUGUUGUUAUUCUUUAAGACAAUACUUAUUUCUCUUAAUAGAGAAAGGAGUAACAUCGGAUUCUGGCUGGAUGAUUCUUGUUUUGCACAUAUUUUUUCCUUUAGCUGAAAUGCAGUUCUUCUGAAUGUUUCAAAAUAAAUUGUAGGAAGUGCAUUUUCAUUUUAAGAACACUUUCAAAAUUGUUCUUCAUAGAUCAUUGUAUUUUUCAGAGGUUUUUUUUUUUUUUUUUUUUUUUUUUGAGGCAUCCACUAACUGUAGUUUGUUAUUUUUGUACAUGUCCAACCUAGGAUUCAGGGGGCACUAUUUGUCCAGGAAUGCUUCUCUUUGAAUUCGUCUGUGCUUGGAGGGUGUAUUUACUAUGUUACCACUAGCUCUCAAAAUAUGAGACAAGAAAAGAAUGUAGUAAAUGCAUAUGGCAGUUUCUGAAUAAAUGAAAAUUUCUUUAGGUGAAAGCAAGAAUAAUAAAAGUGCAAGAUCAUUCUUAUUUCAACAUACAUGUUAUGUUUACAGUAUGUUAGACAAUUAUAAAAUCUAUAAGGACAUGAUCCCUGUUGUCAUGGAGAGAGUCAUAUCCACUUUAUAUUAAAGCAGCUUGAAGAAAAAAAAUAGAUGUAAAAUAUGAAAUACAUUAUGAGAAUUUAUAAGCUAACUGUGCCAAUCUUACUUCAGUUUGUAGUUAUUAAUGGUUAUUAUCUUAGGUUAUAACAAUACAUCAUAUUGAUUCUAAAAAGAGGGGAAAAUGAAUGUCAAAAAAGAUUCAUAACAUGUUUUAUUUGAGAGAUGUAAAUAAUAUAUACAGAUUGUGGUAUGUAAUGAGAUGAGGAAGUAUUUAAAUUUUAGGAUUUUUUUCCCAGUAAGAAACUGAAUGCUGUUUAUAAGAGAAAAAAUGAAUAAAUAGUUAUGUUUGGCCAUGA